AUGUUCUCCUCCGCCCUCCGCGCCACUCUCAUCGCCCUCGCGGCGUCCGCGGUCUCCGUCUCCGCUGCCCCCGGCCUGUCCCUCAAGGUCUCGGGCGGCGAUGCGUUCACCGGCGUCGAGAACAUGAAGGUUGCCACCACCAUCACCAACACUGGUGACGAGACCCUCAAGCUCAUCAACGACGUCCGUGGUGCGCUCCACACGCUCCCGACCAACGCCUUCGCCGUCAGUUCCGAGUCUGGCGAGACCCCCGCCUUCGUUGGCGUCAAGGCCAAGUACUCCCUCGACACGGUCGCCGCCAGUGCCUCCGACGAGGACUUCACUGUCCUCGCCCCUGGUGCUUCCUUCACCCUCACUCACGAUCUCUCGAAGGCAUACAACUUCACCACCUCUGGUGAGGGCAAGUACACCAUCGAGGCGUCCAACCUCUUCCACUACGUCGACGCCGAGGGCAAGGUUCAGGAGCUCCGCGCUGACGCCGAGGCCCACGUCGCCGCCCUCUCCGGCAAGCUCGCCGUCUCUCGCCCCCUCGAGAGGCGCGCAUCCUACAACGGCUGCUCGUCCUCACGCCAGUCUUCGCUCGUGACCGCGGCCUCCUCCGCGCAGUCCUACGCCGCGUCCGCGCUCAGCUACCUCAACUCGCACACCUCGUCCACGACGCGCUACACGACCUGGUUCGGCACCUACACCUCCUCCCGGCACUCGACCGUCCAGUCCCACUUCUCCAAGAUCUCGGGCGGCUCCUACUCCUCCUUCACGUACGACUGCACGUGCACCGACUCGGGCACGUACGCCUACGUCUACCCCAGCGACUACGGCCACAUCUACCUCUGCGGCGCGUUCUGGUCCGCGCCCAACACCGGCACGGACUCGCGCGCGGGCACGCUCAUCCACGAGGCCUCGCACUUCACCGCCAACGGCGGCACCGACGACUACGUCUACGGCCAGUCCUCGGCCAAGUCCCUCGCGUCGAGCAACCCGGACCACGCCGUCUUCAACGCCGACAACCACGAGUACUUCGCGGAGAACAACCCGUCGCAGUCCUAA